CUGAUGACUCACAAAACACUAUUUUACUUUUUGGAAUAAGCUGCUGACAUGUAAAGUAUCUUCCCUGUGAACUGGGAUUUCUAGAGGGAAACUGCCCGUGGGCUAUUUAUUCUUGGCAUAAACAGCCAGACUAGCCAGCCCCGUGGGAAGAAGAAACACCCCAAAAGGUGACACCCCCCCUCUGGAAGGUAUAAAUGGAGACCUGCGGCAGCGCCAGCCCUGCAGUCGGACUCAGUAUCACGCUCUGCAUCUCGCUUUGGGCUGUGGGUUGGCGCUGCAGCUGGGCCUCGCCAUGAGCUGUAGUAUUAAGCAGACAACUGGCUCUCUCAGGGGCAGGACCAGCGGUGGCAGCUGCGUGGUUGGUGGCGGUGGCGGUGGUGGCGGAGUGCGGAUCUCCUCGGUCUCCUCCGGAAGAUACACGACCUGCGGGAUAGGCGGGAGCCGAGGCUUCUCCGGCAGGAGCUACUGCGGCGGUGUCAGCUAUGGAGGGGGCCUGAGCGCCGGCAGCUUGGUCGGGGGCAACUACGGAGGCGGCCUGGGAGCCGCCGUGCUCGGAGGAUGCCCAGGCAUGGGAUUCAGCGGUGGCAGCGCUCGCUUCGGCGGUGGCAUGGGAGGGGGCAUGGGGAUGGGGCUCGGUGGAGGCGGUUUUGCUGGUGAUGGCAUUCUCCUCUCCGGUGACGAGAAGGUCACCAUGCAGAACCUUAACGACCGCCUGGCUUCUUACCUGGACAAGGUGAGGUGCCUGGAACAAGAGAAUGCUGACCUGGAGUGCAGGAUCAGGGAGUGGUACGCCAAGCAGGGCCCUUUUUGUGAGCCACGGGACUACAGCUGCUACUACAAAGAAAUCGAAGACCUUCAAAACCAGAUUGUCUGUGCGACCAUAGACAACAACAAGAUCAUCCUGAACAUCGACAACAGCAGGAUGACAGCUGACGACUUCCGAGUGAAGUACGAGACGGAGCUGGCCCUGCGCCAGAGUGUGGAGGCCGAUAUCAACGGGCUGCGCCAGGUCCUGGACCAGCUGACGCUCUGCAGGUCCGACCUGGAGGCACAGCUGGAGUCGCUGCGGGAGGAGCUCUGCUGCCUGAAGAAGAACCACGAGGAGGAAAUGUGCUGUCUGAGGAAGCAAUCGACUGGAGAUGUGAGCGUGGAGGUCAAUGCCUGCCCCGGCCCAGACCUCAGGAAGAUCCUGGAGGAGAUGAGGUGCCAGUAUGAGACGCUGAUUGAACGCAACCGCAAAGAAGUUGAGGAUUGGUAUGAGUGCAAGAUUGAGGAGGUGAAUCGGGAGGUUAUUACAAGCGGUCAGGAGGUGGAGACGUGCAACAACCAGGUGACUGAACUGAGGCGCCAAUUGCAAGCCCUGGAAAUCGAUCUCCAAGCUCAGCUCAGCCAGAGGGACAACCUGGAGUCCUCGCUGGCGGAGACAGAGUGUCGCUACAACAACCACCUUGGCGAGCUCCAGAGCCAGAUCACCUGCGUGGAGCAGCAGCUGGCUGACCUGCGGGCAGAGAUGGAGUGCCAGAACCAGGAGUACAAGAUCCUGCUGGACGUCAAGUGCCGCCUGGAGCAGGAGAUCCACACGUACCGCUGCCUGCUGGAGGGCGGCCAGCAGGACCUUAUUCAGCAAGGAGGAAUUGGUCAGUCUUCUGGUCUAGGAGGAGGAGUUGCAAGAAGCAGUGGGAUAGGAGGAGGAGGCAUCAUUAGGACAAGCCACACUUACACUUCGUCUGCCCAGAUCCCAUCCUGUGCAGCUGCGGAGAUCCAAGUGCCUUGCCGAAGGAUUUGUGAUUAAGCAGAGAAACGAGAAUAUCCAACAAGAGAAGCCUGAAGCAGAGCUAAGGGAUGAAGAGAGAAUAUUUGCUGCAUGUGUCUGCAGAGAGCACGGGGCGUGCUCGUCUGCGCCGCUCAGCCGUGCUAAGCAAUGAGCCAGAGGGAUGAGCAGAGCGUUGGGCCACAUUCUGCUUUGGUUUGCUAUUUGCUUUCCCAGCCUGUGUUGCUGUGUGUGGCCCCAGCACCACGACUGUUGCUGGAGUCAGCCAGUGAUCACCCAUCACUAAUGCACCUGCUGCUGAAAAAAUUGUCUCUAAUAAAAAACUUUGCUUGUGCCUGAUGCAAUCAA